CAUUUUCCUUCUUAUACAUAUCAGAUUCCAAGAACAGACAUAAAAUCACCCUAGAUCUUCAAGAAAAGAGAGAUUCAUUGCAACAAUGGUGUACACAUACACACCCAAAUACUACUCUUCUCUUCAAUAUUCAAUUGCUUCCAUUUGUAAGAACAUCCUCCCUUUCUCCUUCAAGAAACGGCGGUUGCCCGCCAUUGCUGCAGCUGAACAGAGGCUGUGGAAGCAACAGUCUGAUAACCUAAAAUGGCAGCAAGAAUCUUUCCAUCAGAUCUUGAAUUUGAUGGGUCUGUUCAAAGAAGGUAUCUUGGCUGAGGCAGAGGUCUCUGCUUUUCGAUCACAUCUUCUCGACACCCUUAUUGCUUUGCCUUUCGAUCACGAACAACCUGUCAUUCUAAGAGAUAAACUCAUCUUCUUACAGGAGUUAUUGUAUGCAAAUUGCAUAUCAGAAGAGGAGUAUCAUACAUCAAAGACGCCAUUGUUGCAGAGACUAGAAGCUCAAGGAAUUAAAAUUGACCCCAAAGAUGUGGUUAUUGCUGGACCACAACAAAAGAACCCAAACGACGAAUGGUCAGUAAUCGAUUUGAAAGACUCGGGUUCAAAGAGCAAGUCAAAACAACAAAAGUCGGCCAUUAAACAAGUCAAAGGAGCUGCAUCAAUUUUUGGUCUAUCAUCAUCACACAAAAAUGGUAAAGAUGAGAAUGUUUCUGAUAUGGGUACUCAGAAUCUUGGCAUGUCUCAAGAAAACCCCUUUUGGAAUUGCAAAAUGAAAGAGAAGGAUCAAGAAAACCCAACAAUUCUUAUGUCAGAGAGUGUGAUAAUCGAGGAGUCACCGAAGAAGGGGAAAAGGAGACCAUUUAAGGGACUUGAUGGUUUUAUGAAAUGGAAGAAGAGUGAUGAUUCAGAGAAAGAUACAGUUCCAUUAUCAUUAAGUGAUUCGAUUAACGAGACUUAUUCAGGCCUUGGGGACGGGCCAGAUGCUAAGCAAAUCAAGAGAAAACUACACAAGGAUGGCUCAUCGUCUGAUUUCUUCGUAGAUAAGGUUCUAGGAGAGAAAAUCAAGAAGGAGCUAAUGAAAACCAAAGCAGAACUUCAAUUAUCGGAUGAUCAAAUUGAAGUGAUUUCGACUAGGCUUCCCAUCGACAAAGCUGACCUGAAAAAGUUCUUCGCCAAGAAAUGGUGUGAUCAAUAUGGAGAGAUUGUGUUGGAAGUGGUAAGAAAAGAGUUUAAGGAUCAUGUUGAUGAGAUCAAGAACAUGUCAAUCAAGAACAUGUCAAGUUCUGCUAUGAAAAAGGAGCAGAAAACUUCCGAGGAAAAAUGGACAACUUUUGAUGACGAUGAUGAGAACUGUCACCCAAAUCUUUUUGCCAAACCGGCUCCAGUUCCAUCAGGUUUUGGAUCCCAGAAAGAUGAUCACAACGUUCGUGUUUCUAAAAAUAGAAACAGUACAGAUAGGUUGUUCAAGAACAACCCUUUCUUUGAUUAUUAGGCCAAGAUCUGAACUUGGUUCUUCUAGGAUUCAUAUAUAAUUAUGAAUGUUCUUCUAUGUACUUUUGUGGAUGUUGUGAGGUUUAUGUAUUGUUGAAUUGCUGAGUUCUUCAGUUAUUUUCUGGAAAUAAUCUUGGAAAUUUAAGGUUAUGUAUGGCUUCAUUUAAGGUAAUCAACUUAAGGUAAU